AUGCAAAUCUUCGUUAAGACCUUGACUGGGAAGACCAUCACGCUUGAGGUAGAACCUUCGGACACCAUCGAGAAUGUAAAAGCAAAAAUUCAAGAUAAAGAAGGAAUUCCUCCUGAUCAACAGCGUCUAAUUUUCGCUGGAAAGCAGCUCGAAGACGGUCGAACGCUCUCGGACUACAACAUACAGAAGGAGUCUACACUUCAUCUCGUUCUGCGUCUGCGAGGUGGUAUUAUCGAACCCACCCUGCGCUUGUUGGCUCAGAAAUACAAUUGUGAGAAAAUGAUUUGCCGAAAGUGCUACGCCAGACUUCAUCCGAAGGCCACCAAUUGCCGAAAACGGAAAUGUGGACACACUAGCAACUUGCGUCCGAAGAAGAAAUUGAAGUAA